GAUUCUUCGACGCAUCGUAAGAUAUCCUGCCGAAAUGGCAUCAGACGCGCAGAAGGAACCUCGCAAGACAAGAAGAACAGCCAAUGCCUGUGUCGCGUGUAGACAGAGUAAGAUCAAAUGCUCUGGCGAUGACCCGUGUCAGAAUUGUCAGCGUCGCUCUGUGCAAUGUCGCUUUACAGAGGGAGGAGCAAAGGUGAUGGUAUCAGAGAAAUAUCUCCAAGAUCUUCAAAAGCGAGUAGAACAGCAACAACGCUCACCGACAAAUAACAUCUUCGACAAUGCAGGUCAAGUAGAUACAACAUUUACAUAUCGCUCGCCUCCCACGGCCUCAGCACCUCCGCCAUACCGUUCAUCAAUGGACGCAGCAUCCGUCCACUCUCAAAACUCUCACCCCUCAUAUUGUUCGCCACCAAUACCAUCAUCUCAAGUUGGAGAUAACUACUCUCCCGGAUUGAAGCGCACUAACGAUGCUGCUUUUGGAAACGAUGUCAAUGGCUCCCAACAACAAUCUGACCCUUCCGUUAAAGAUCCAGCUACUUCUUCGUACUCGCAACAAACCGGCGAGUCGCCGUUGACUAUCUGGCCGAGUGCCUUUACAAUACCCUCCAAGAUCAUCAAGAAUACUCGCAAGAAUAGGCGCACAUGGAUAUGGCUCGCGCCGUGGUCCACGUGGUCGUUCACCUUACGACUUAUGCUUAUGCUUGGCGAUAAGCUCCAACCAGGCGGUCUCAACAUACCUCCCCAGCUAAUCGAAGAGGACGUCUACAAGCUCUCAUGGACGCAACUAGAAAAAGCCGACGUCUCCGGCCUACCUUCCCUCGACUACGCAAUCUAUCUCUUCCACACCUUCAAAUUCCACCUCGGCCAGACGUACCGUCUUUUCGACGAGGUAGAAUUCGUGAACCAGAUCCGUGAUUUCUAUUCUGAUGCGCAGAGCAAGGCAGAGGAGAACCGCCUCUGGUAUGUCAAGUUUCUCUUGAUUCUGGCCUUUGGAACAGCCUUUCUCUCAUCCCAGCCUCUCCCAUCCAAGGAACCCCCCGGCGCAAAGUUCUUUGUGCGUGCGAUGGGUCUGAUGCCGGAUCAUACGGCUCUUUGGAAGGAUAGCUUAUUUGCGAUAGAGGUUUUGGCCAUGGUUGGCUUGUAUUUGUAUUCGAUUGAUGAGAGGGAGUCUGCUCACGUAUAUCUUGGCCAGGCUAUUCGAAUUGCUCAGUUGGAAGGUCUGCAUACGCAGUUACCUGAUAAUGAGCUCGGCAGUGAGACAGUCACAUCUUGUCGUGAUUUAUGGUGGACAUUGUACAUCAUGGAUCGACAUUUUUCGUCUUCUUUGGGACUUCCUAUGUCUGUUCAAGAUAAUGAUAUUUCUACACCAGUCAACCCACCAAAUGUUGGGUCGCAAGAUGAUAGCGCUCGCAGUCUUCAAGUGAAUCUGUCUCAUCUUCUGUCCGUGAUAUUGACCACACUCUAUAAGCCAGAGAAAACACCACUUGACCAGUUCCUCGAGCAAACCAAGUCAAUCCUCCAUACACUCGCCCAUCACGCCCAAGAAAUAGAAAGAAUCAUUUCACUCAAAUUUCGAAACUCGGUUGAUACCAUGCCUCGAGGCACAAAGUAUAUAACCCUUCUUUACCACCAAUGCGUUAUCGUCGCCACAAGACCACUUCUACUCUCAGUCCUCAAGGAACGUCUUGACAUUCUCGGCCAACCAGGUAAUGAGAACUCCGAAGCAUUCCUCGGCCAAACAGCGGCCGUCAUCUCAACCGGUAUAAAAUCAGCAGUCAAAACACUCCAAAUCCUCACCAGCGAGUACAGUCUUCUCGAGAUUUUUCUCCCCUACGAUCUCGAGUUCACCUUCGGCGCCGCAUUACAUCUAAACAUGGCAACGGCCCUCUUCCCCGGCGUAGCAGAUGACCAAGGCUGCCGUCUGCUAAUCCACCAGCUCCUCGACAACAUGAUCGCCCGCGGCAACCGCCUUGCAUCCGUACGAAAGCAAGAACUCGUCUAUCUCGAGACCCAAUGCCAAGAACUCGUCGCCCAAGUCCAACAACAAGGUCUUCAGACAUUAUCCCUUGCAGUAACAGACGAAUAUUUAGCGAGAAAGGCUGAUGAGGAGCAACAACGACUUCUUACGCAGGAGACACUGGGUAUGGAAGUUCCGAUGAAUUGUGUGCAGAAUCCUAUGACGAGUGAUAUGGAGUUCCUUGAUAAUAUUGGGAUUUCGUCGGAGGAGUUUUUGUCGAUUGUGCAUCAGAUAGGGGAUCCGGAUAUCAUGCCUGAGAAUAUGUUGACUUUGGAGUAAGGUGAAAAUUAGAGGGGUUUUGCUUGAGGGGUUUUCUCGAAUUAUGGUGUAUUUUACUGUUAGAUGAAGAUUAAGAUACUAGGGCAGCUGUGCAUCAAGUUGGUCAAGUUGUUAAGAAAGACCAAAAAUAUCCGAUGCCAAGUUCAC